AUGUUGACAGUGAAUCGGGGCCUCGUAAGCGCACAAUGGACUGACUAUGAGACGCAAAUUUUUGUCGCCGCCUGCGAGAUCGUAAUCGCCGAUGGACACCGAAAUGGGAAAUGCUUCACCAAAUACGAAUGGCAUACAUUGGUUCACAUAUUUAACACCAACUCCGGGCACAAUUGGAGCAAGCAGCAACUGAAAAAUCGACGGGAUGCACUCCGCUUGAAACACAAGAGAUUUGAAGAAUUGAUCAACAGCAGUGGCGUUGUGUACGACACGUCCACUGGCUUGAUCAGCGCCUCGGCGGAGUGGUGGGAUCGAAAGAUGAAGUCAAUUUUAAUUACUUCUUUCACACUUCGUUUGCAAGAGUACAAAGAGUACAAGGACAAGGAUUGCCGAGAGUUUCAUACUAGCCAAGCAUGCCGCACUGGCUUCGCCAUGUUCGAAGACAGUGCACAAGAAGACCACCGUGAUGAGAUCCCAGUAGAUGUAGAGAGUAGCGACGAGGGCGGUAUAGCCGCACUGCGCUCGGCGGCUAUGGAUGAAUUCGACCAGCAUAGCGGGGACAAACGGAAGGCCGUCGGGAAGCGAUCGAAGGAGAAGAGGAAGAAGUUUUCAUCUCGGGACGUAUUGUACUCUAUGGACCAUGCUACCUCCGCCAGUGAGAAUAUUGCUGCAAAAAUUGACCACUUCAUCGGAGCGGCAAUGUCCGACCCGAAGACAUGCAUGAGCGAGUUGCUGGCUACGGGUCGACUCCAAAAGCAAACAGAUCUGUACUUUUACACGUGCAAGUUCCUUUCACAGAGGGCCAAUAGAGAGGUACUGAACAUGCAAGACAAUGCAAACGACAAGUUUGCUUGGGUGGAGUGGAGCUAUGAGAAAUAUAGGAAAACACAGCCGCGGUGA